GACAGUCACUUGGGAAUCUAUUACCCUGCCUGUUACUGAGGAUAAAGGGCAGGCAGCUAGCCUGGCAGUGGGCAUUCAGCCUUCAUUACAGGGGAGUGCUCUACUUUGCCUCUGCUUCCCAACUUGGGUUAGAUAUUGAAACAGUCUGGUUAUAGAGUCUUGGGUUUUAGAACAGGAAAGAGUCUUCUCAUUUUACAGUGGAAGAUUGGAGAGUGAAAUAGGGGCUCAAGAGCCAGGACACCGGAGUUCCUUGACCAGAUCUCUGUUCUUGGAGUGAGUAUUUGCUGAUAUCAACAAAAGAGCUUCUUCCCUGGAGAAGGCCCUUUGGCUCGGGCUCCAAAAUGUUGCUCUGGGGAUGCCUUUUCAUCAUGCUGAAUGUCCUGUUGUGGCCUGAAAUCAGGACAGCAUCCCUGCCCUUGCAUAUGGACUCAGUUAUUCAGAUCCUAGCACGGAUAGAGAAAGAAGCACCAGUUCUCCAUCAUGCAGCCCCUAGUCUUCUUUUGAUGUCUGAGAGUUCCAUCGAUUCCUUCCAGCAUCUCCUCCUCUCAGGGACCCCAUCUCCAGAAGAGCUCAAGCUUGACCCUCUAGGUCCAGAGCUUCAAGCAUUAGCCACCAGCUUAGCCCGACACCGAGUGAACUCUGGACAAGAGUAUGGGGUAGUAUUAGCACCUGAUGGCUCCACAGUAGCUGUGGAACCCCUUCUGGCAGGGCUGGAGGUUGGGCUUCGUGGUCGGAGGGCUAUGGCCAUUCCCCUGGAGUUUAGAGCUUCCAAUUCCUCUUCUGAAGUCAGAGAUACUCAUAAGGAAGCAGGAUCUACUUUGCUCCCUCACAUCAGCACGACCCCCCAAGAAUUUGGAAACAUGUCCCUGAAUCCCACUAUCCUCCCAGCUGUCCAUGCUAACUCUCCAACCAGUGUGGAUAACCUUUUGGCUGUCACUUUAACCAGAGCAUUGGGUGUAGCCUUCCUCCCAGGGCCCGGAAACCAUUCUCCCACUGGCCUCGGCCCUGAUGGUUGUUGGGACCAACUCUCAGCCCCAAAGACCUUCUCCCUGUUGGGUACUGAGGCUUCCUCUGCCCUCACUGUAUCCUACCUCAAUGGAGCACUGGAUGGGGUCCUGUUAGGGGACUACCUGAGCAGAAGUUCCAAGCCCCACCCAAAACUCACCCACCUACUGGCUCAGUACUAUGGAGCAGGAGUGGGUGGGAAUCCCCAAUUUCGGAGUAACUUCCGCAGAGACAACGCUGCUAACCUGACUUCACAGGAGUCCCUAGCCCAGCAGAUAUGGGGCUCUUUGCUCCUGCUUCAGGCAUUAGAGCCCUCUAAUCCUCAGAUGGCUAAUCUACUCCAAACCCAGCUGGCUGAAGUUGCUGCCCGUGCUGCCAAGGAGUUCACCGAGGCCUUCCUAGAAUGCCCAGCCAUCUUGCCUCGCUGCCGCUGGGGAGCAGCUCCUUACCGAGGGAGCCCCACCAUGCUGAAUCUACCUUUGGGGUUCCUCUAUGUGCACCAUACCUAUGAGCCCCACCAACCCUGUACCAGCUUCUCCCAGUGUGCUGCUAACAUGAAAAGCAUGCAACGCUACCAUCAGGACACCAAUGGCUGGGAUGACAUUGGCUAUAGCUUCGUGGUGGGCACAGACGGCUACGUGUACGAGGGCCGGGGCUGGCACUGGGUAGGGGCUCACACCCUCGGCCACAACUUCCUGGGUUUCGGCGUCUCCUUCAUCGGCAACUACACGGCCACGCUACCCACGGCCUACGCCUUGAGAAUUGUGCGCGACACCCUCCCACGCUGCGGCGUGCGGGCGGGCCACUUGCGGCCAGACUACAAGAUACACGGCCAUCGGCAGCUCGUCCACACCGACUGCCCCGGUGACGCCCUCUACCGGCACAUCAGAACGUGGCCGCACUUCAGGGAAGUGAAGAAGAAGCUUUAAAGAAGAGGUGCCCAUCUGCUCCCUCCAACCCACCAAAUAGACUGCAAAGAGGGAAAUUGCGUGCAUAAGUGUGCGGUGCAGUGUGCUCUUGAACACUAGCCUGGGAAUCAAAGCUGGAAUUCUAUUUCCAGCUUUGCCACGAAUUCUCCGUUGUGAUCUUGGAUGAGUCGUUUCCUUUCCUCUGGGGUCUCAGCUUCCUGAUAUGUCAGAUGAGGGUGGAGAUGGGGACUCUACCAGUUAUACCAGGUGAUUUCUCUGGGUCCUUCAAAAAUCAAGACAUUCUAUGUUCAAUAUUUUUAGGUCCUUUCUAGGUCAAAUAUGCUGUAUUCUGUGAUCCCUCCCAGCUCUGUCUGUGUUCUAAGAUCCCUCCAAGAAGAGAUAUCCUAAUAUUAUUUCUGUUCACAGAUAUAUAUAUUAUAUAUAUAUAUAUAUAUAAUAUGCAUAUACUUAUACUCAAGAAGGUACUUAAGCAUGUGUUUCCUAGUUGAGGACACAUUGCGACAUCAAUCAAUCAAUAAACAUUUAUUAAGUG